AUGAUAUGCAAAGUGGCUCCUGCGUGUGACAGAAAUGAAACCAUGGUAGUGGAGCUUCUUAGUAGGCAGGAUUGUGAGAGAAUAAUAAGUUGGUAUGUAUCGACAGAUUUAUGUAAUCGUUCUUGUGAAUGGUAGGAAAGUGUUGAAAAGUCGCGAGGAUUUCUCCCCUGCUAGUCUGAAAACAGACCUACGUUUCGCCCGCGAAUUUUAGGGCGGGCGUAACGUAGGUCUGUUUUCAGGCUACUCCCCUGCGAAAGCUCAUGCACACGGAGCAACAUUUUCAGGCACCACUUUUAUCAUAUCUUUUUUCUCUAGUUUAAACACCACGUCCAAAGUUAAGAACCUUCAUGAAGGCAUGAUGAAUUGGUGUAGAUCUUUACCAGAUGCAAACACUGCUACGCAAAUACCACUUUCACUUGUGUAUACUGAGUUUGACGACAACAUCACCUCCAAAACUCACAAUGAUACAAAGAUAACCACAACCCCUACAACACAAAGCCCUAUUCCAAACAAAAUUGACCAAAGUCGAAACGGUACUGGUGAAUCUGACGGCCCCAACACACCAACAAGACCAUUCCUCAAUUCGACUGAUCAAAAUAGAAAACCACCAACGAUGCCAAAGAGUAACCCAAUUACACAAGCGAAUAUAACCAAACCAAAUGCGAAAUCCAAACCAGCAACUGAAAAUCCAACAGUCAAUGCAACUUAUCAAGAAAAGGAAAAGAAGGAAGCAAAGUCUGUUCCAAAUCUUACGCCAACAACCGAAAGGAUCAACAACACAACACAGGAUCAACAUGGCACCGCGUUAUCCAAAACACUACAGCUAAAUGCAACAUCUUCGCCGGUUGUUAGUCGUGGGAAUGCCACAACAGAUAGCUAUGUAUACAAUGCUACCACAACGAAUGAUCCCACAAAUCAUGGUAACAAGGCAGCACAGUUUAACACAAGAAUGAAUGCAUUGGCG